AGCCGCCGUAGUUGCUAGCUCCAAAGAAAGAUGGCGCUCUCCAUGCGGAAUAACUUAACACAUCUCUGCAGAUUCAUUGAGAAGAUAAACUCGCUGAAAAGGUCGCUUUGCGCAGGAAUUCGUCCGGAAAACAAGGAGCCUCCAGGAAGUGGCCGUGUAUUCUCGGGGAUCCAGCCUACUGGAGUGCCCCACCUGGGAAACUAUCUGGGUGCUCUGGAGAACUGGGUGUCCCUGCAGAAGCAGUACCCCUCUGUCCUCUACAGCAUCGUGGAUCUGCACUCCAUCACCCAGCCUCAGGAUCCGACCCAGCUCAAGAGUAACAUACUGGACAUGGCGGCCAGCUUGCUGGCCUGUGGUAUCGACCCAGAGAAGGCGAUACUCUUUCAGCAGUCUCAGGUGUCCGAGCACGCUGAGCUUUCCUGGAUCCUCGGCUGCCUCACCAGCAUGCCUCGGCUACGCCACCUACCGCAGUGGAAGAUGAAGAGCAAACUGAAGAACGAAGGCAGUGUUGGUCUCUACACGUAUCCUGUCCUCCAGGCUGCCGAUAUUCUUCUGUACAAGUCCACACACGUCCCCGUCGGAGAAGAUCAGGUCCAACAUUUGGAGCUGGCUCAGGAUCUCGCUCGCAUCUUCAACAACCGCUACGGAGACCUGUUCCCUGAACCCCGCGCUCUGCUGAGCUUAACACGAAAAAGUCAAAUCUCUCCGCGACCCUUCGGCCAAAAUGUCCAAGUCGGACCCCCAAACAUGGCAACAGUUACCAUCACAGACUCUCCUGAUGACAUCGCCCUCAAGAUCAGACGCGCCGUCACCGACUUCACCUCUGAGGUUACCUUUGACCCGGAGACUCGUCCGGGUGUGUCCAACCUGGUGACCAUCCACGCUGCCGUGGCGAUGAUCAGCGUGCAGGAAGCUGUGUCUGAGGCGAGAGGUUUUGGACACCGGAGCCUACAAGAAGCUUGUAAGUGAGGCUGUGAUCCAGAGGCUGACGCCCAUCAGAGAGGAAAUCGAGAGGCUGAGGGCGGACCGGGCUCACCUGGAACAAGUGCUGGCUCAGGGGACACGCAGGGCACGGGCACUGGCUGCACCGGUGCUCGCAGAGGUCCGACAGCGAGU